AGAUUCGUCCAGGUUUCUCUUUCUGUUCGUUUACGUAUGUAUUCAGGAGCGUGGUUUGACGUUUUAACACAACACGAUAAAAAUCAUACUUGCACGACCCGUCAAGAAUUUUCACAAUUUAAGAAACUACAACCCCUUUUCUUCUAGUCCCCAACUUUACACUUCUACACUUCGAUUUUUGCAAGCGUAUACAACGAGCAACUUCCUCCUAUUGAACAAAGCUUCCUUGCUGAUAAAAUUCUUUAUCAAAUCUAACUUCUCACUUCCCCCAGAGAAACAAAAGUUGUGAAGUCGAAAAUGGUUCAUCCAGCAUCGAAGCAUGGCAGGCGAAGCAACCAGCUUUUUUCCCGCACCGUCUCCACGUCAACCGCUCUUGUCUUUCUCGCGACCACAACGACGCAAGACAGGCUUGUGCCCCUCGUUCAAGGCUUCGACGUAAAGAAGAUCUUGCAGCACCAGAGUACAACUACGGUUGCUUCCGCGCGAGGACGGGUAAAAACGAGUGCCAGCACAGCAGAUGAUGAUGAACAAGAAAUAGGGCAGUCGGUAAUACAGGUUCUUGAUGAUGCCGAAGAGAAGAAACCUGCUUCCGCGUUACAUUUACAGCCCGCAGCUCUACAACUCACAGGGGCGGAAACUACCGAGGCUGACGUGCCUUUCGCGACAUUUGCUGCGCCAGCUGCUGUUGUAGAUGAAACUACAAGCAAUUACCAUCAAAAUGGUGUCGAAUUACGCGGAGAUGAUGCAGCAGAGGAGCUGAACUACGAGCAUGAACUAGCGUACUACAUCCCGACGGAUUUUCUAGAGAAGCAGGGCUCGUCGUCUUCGACCACCCAGGACAACAAUUUCGGCAAGGUGGGAGAGACAUCAACGACCGAUGCGCCGCCCAUCUUGGAUGCGACCGCGUCCGCCGGAGCGGGAGAGGAGGAGAAGCAUAGGAAGGGAAAUUUACAAAAUAAAGGCAAGAAAAAUUUCAUCGCAGGGAACGCCGCGGCGAGCGGUUCCGUUGCGACCUCAAACGACGUAUCCUGUGCAAAAGUAUCGUACUCGUAUAUAUAAAUGCAUUACAAAUUUUCCCAGCAUGAGAAAUUGGAAUAUUUUAGUACAAUUGGUUUUUAAUUUGUAAUGCGGUUUUACCUUAAGAAAAUUAUUUGUAAUGCAAGACCUGCAUUUAUACGACUACGAGUGCGAUACUUUUGCAAUGCAUACGAAGCAACCUCGGACGAAGACGAGGUGGUCCGGGUUGGGUAUCCUAUUUGAAAACGUCCCCACCCAAUAGUUGUAAUGCAAAUCUACAUGGUGACAAUGUUUCCCAUGCGGAGCCCCAUGAGAAGCAGUUUCUAGUCGUGUUUUGCAAUUUGUCAUGCUCCAAUCAGCAUGGUGUGCUAGGUCUGUGAUGCUGCUGAGCUAGCUCAAACAGCACUACACUACGAUUCCAAAUUUGUGAUGCAAAACAGCCAAAACUUGUGGAUUUGUCUAGCCGAUUCCCCAUCUUGACUAUGGUGUGGGGACAUUUUUACUCAGGAUAUUGGGCGACCAAAAACCAUGGCCUCCAAGGGCGAAAAGUUUAUCACGCAUAAGGUAUCUUGAUCAAUCUUCUAUCGGUUAUAUACUUAUUCUAGAGUUCAUGUAUUUCUAGUUUUCAUCGCACGGGCACGCUUCAUUUGUCUUUUCAUGUCUUCCGCUUUGUCAUACCCAGCCGCAGCCCCAGUGGCACUGACCAGCAGGAGUGGCAGGUGCAUACGAGUACAAAAAUUCUUCUAGACCGGCACCAUGCAACACGAACUGUUUUCACGUGAGCAGUACCCUGUUCUUAAGUCCAAGACGAGUCAACAGCUGACAUCACCUUCUCAGUCUGGAAAUAAGUAAGUAGCCACGACGAAAGAAUGAUUAAAUCCAACUGCUUCCACUCAAAAUAAAAACUACAGGACUCCAUCAUUUUUGGCUUCCUGACGGACAGUAUCCUGGACAUUCUGAUUCUGAUCGCCGACCUGAUGUGCCUCUUCGCCUUCUACUCCGUCUACCGGUGCGUCGUUUCCCGGGGCGCCAUAUCAAAUGUAAAAAUGUCUGGGUCUGGAAGAAUGCAACUUGUGAUGCUGCAUUUGGAUUCCAGAGAAAUCUGUAUUGCAUGAGUACCAAAAGGAAUGCAAUUUUUGCUACGCGGAGGGGGCAUCUGUCAUGCGGAAUAGGCAUCAAGAAGCUCUCAAAAAAUCUGUGAUGCUAGGGCAUGCAUCACAGACAUCAGGGCUCAUGCAAAACGUGCGUGACAAGUCUGGAUGACUGUGACCUGGCCCGUCUUUGAUGGGCAGGCGGAUGACCGUGACCUGUCUCGCCUAUCAAGAUCCCUAAUCCGUAGCUCCUAGACGUUGCCUGGCCCGCGAAUGACUCCAGGGCAGCCGGAUGACUGUGACCUGGUUAUAAAGGGCUUCGUCGAUCGAUUGCGCCACUAGGGCCUUGCGUUCCGGCUACUCCGGAUCGCAAUCGAUGGAGGGCGGGACCUGCACCGGCGACAGGCGCUACCCAACCAACCAACCAACCAACCAAGUCUCAGAAUCUUCCAGACCCAGACAUUUUUGCAUUUGAUACGCCAAGGGAGUCUCCAUUCAGUCCUUCACGGCCUUCGCCAUGGCGCGGGUUUUGCAUUCCUCUGCCCACGUGCUUCAAGUCCACUACCAGCCGACCUCGCUGCCGUACCUCCUCUACUUCGCGGUGGACAUGUGCAACGUCGUGGUGGGGAUGAGGGCUAGUUACGAACUCUGGACCAAGUCCAACUACGGGGACUUUGACGGCGAUAUCUGCGGCAGCUGGCUGUUACAGUGUUUUACGCCGAAAAAGUGGCACCACACGAAUUUUGUGAAGCACGGGGGGCUGUUCGUGAUGAGCCUGAUUCUCGGGCUGGCCUGGUCCUGCUUCCGGUACGACGACGACGCGAGGAGCCGGGGCUUUUUGAUGUUCGCAGCCUGCUCCUGCUGUGAGAUCAUCCAGUUGUUGGCCUGCUUGCCGCAGUUGUACAUUCUGCACGUGGAGCGAAGGAUUCCCGCGCUGUUGGGCGACUUUUUGAUGCUGCAGGUACUGGUUGUUUCAUCUAUGAUUUUUACGAAGGAGGUCUUUUUUUCAGCCGCGGCUGCUCAUCAGGACCUCCUUGCUCGUGAAAAAAAUGUUAGCACCAUUGGAAUCAAUGCUCGCGUUUCGGUUUCUCUUGUUUUUCCAUCGAAUACGAAAGUCACCGCGACAGCAGGAAAAAUGUUUGCAUGCUGCAGGAGGCUGCACAACAUGACUUUAAAUUUAUCAUUUUUUUCACCGGCGUUGCUGGGAACGUUUUUGAAGUACAGUAGAUGUUCUCUCGGCCAAACCGAGAAUCAAAACUUAAACUCUAUGAAGAUGCUACUGAAAAAAUUGAAUCCCCAAACAACUUCUACAUCAGGGUGCUGCGAAAUUGUCGCUGUUCACGUUCUGGCUGUUGUUUCCGGUCACGCACGGUUGGACCCCCAGCAACUGGCUCGUCGCCACGGGCACGGAGUUUUUCAACAUUCUGAUCCUGCUGGACUUUAUGAUCUUCUACCUGCGCACCACGUUUUUCGGGCUGGCGAAAGGGGGCUCCGGUGGGGCGGGGAGCAGGGGAAACAACAAUCCGAAGGGCAAUUCCGUCAUGGUCUUGGAUCACGAUAUGAUGAUUUGACUGCGAGUUGUAGCAAAAAUUUUUUUUGCGCUUUUUGCAAGAACUUGAAUUUUGAACGAAUAGAUUGAUUGCGCGUUUUGAUGUAACAAUCCGGAGUUUAGCAAGUAGUUUGAAGUGGUGCGUCGAUAGCCUCGACCACCUUUAAAAACAUGUAUUUUUUACGCAAGAACUGUUUCCUUUUUAGCUUUCCCUUUUCGAUUUUUUUUUGCUUACACAUUCACACUCUUUCACACCCUUCAUAUCAAUUUCGAUGAUCGAGCUUCAGAAGCGGUUUUUCUGAGGAUUCUCGAAUUGAAUUCAUGUCGCCGUACCUUUUUUGCCAGUCAUGAACGUCAGUAUUUCGUUGACAUCAUGGUGGCAUGCUACAGAAGUCGCGCCAGGAUUCAGAAGCAUAGAAAUUUAUUUGAAAACCUCACAGCAACAUCAAAAAUUCAACACCAUUCCUGAUACGAUUUUACUUCUGAAGUAUGAUAGUAGAGACGACCGGCGCUUUAGGAGAUCCCGUACUUCCACUUGAAAACUCAAUAGUUGUGUACAACUACUUGUCUCUUUAUCAACAAACUUCAGAGCUGAAAUUGUACAAGGACUUCGUAAGAAUCGAGUGAGGCCUCCUGUGUGGGUGCAACGCACGAAAAAAAAAAAACGCACAGCAGGCUGCUGCUCUGGAUAUCCUCCAGGUGUUUAGCAGUCAAGCGCGCUCCGCACAAAGUCGAUCGUUGCACCGAUGAGACGAGGCACAUUUUCUCACACAUACAGAAGAAAAAGUUAGAAAUAGAAUGUUUGAAAAACACAAGUAGAGUACAACAAAAGCGUGGUAUGAGCUAUGUUUUUACCCGUGGCAAAAUCCAAAUAUGAGCAGUAAUUUUUUUUGCCGCCUCACAACUUGCGCACACCGAUCGCAUAAGCAGGAAAAGGCAUUGGAAAGAUGUCAAAAAACACUCUACUUCCCCCGCCUGCCGCAGGAGAUCGCAUACCGACGAAUUCGCGCGGGCCUGAGUUCUGUUUUUUUUUUGAUGUACAUGUUAUGGCUUCAAUCAACGAAUGACGCAAUAUCCUUUUUUAGUUUCUUCUUGGAGUGAGUAAGCCCUCGAGUGACAAUAAACACGACAUGAGGGGUUUGAGAAAGAGAAAGA